UAGGUUGGGAACCACUGGACUAGACUGCCUUUUCUGUAGCCUUUCCACUCCUUCAAGCACUCAAAGCACUUUUAUAUUAAUGCCUCACAUUCACCCAUUCACAUACCUGUAGCAGUGGCUGCCAAUCAGGGUCGCUCGAACCUGCAGCCUUUGGGUUGCCGAACGGCUCCUCUACACCUGAGCCCACCACUGCCCCAUAUUCCUCCCCAUGCUGUGCUGAAUCUAGCUCAUUCAUCCUGUGCUGUCUGUUGUUUGAUAAUAGCCCAUUAAUUAAGCCUUUAAGCAGCAAAUGUAUUACAUUGCAGCUACUGUUUAUUUGUUAUUAAUACUGUAUUUUUCUUCUUUUUAUACUGGGAGACCCUAGCAACAACAUCUCAUUCAAUGCACACAUUUCUGCUGUACUGUUGAUUGACAUUAAAAUCAGUCUAAAGCAAUCUGUUGAUGCUAAGUGACGUGCAAUAAACAUCAUUAUUAAUUAAUUUGGCCUCAAGUCUUCACUUUGACAUUGACUUGUGCUCCAAGCUGCUCGACACUCUCAGGAAAUGACAGACAGGCCUUUUGGUGAGGCCGUUGACAUACGUGUAAUGUCAACAUACAUUGUUUCUCCACCAAAGACGGUUUAAAGUCUGUUCAUUUAAUGGGAAAGUGGAUGUUUUGCCCUUUUUAUUAUAUUACAGUGCACUUAACAGACUGUGAGAGACAUCAUAUGUUGUGCUAUACUGAUCAUGCAGUGUAUCGGCAUCUGAUCUUCGUCAAACAGGCGAGAGAUACACAGUUAUGUGUCAAUAAUGCAUGUUAAGCCACCCGAUUAUGUAAAUCAAUAGUCAAAACUACAUUACAUAAAACAAUACAAGACAUUUUUUUUCAUUUAUGUUGCAUGGGAGUUUGUGACUAUAGUGUUUAGAAUUGUUUAACAACACAAAACAAUUGGUAUAGGCACUACAUUUUCUUUUGCCAAGAGGCCUUUCGACUCUCAGCAGUCAGUCCUGAACACUAGAGAGCCAUACGGAGAGGUGGUGAGGGAGUAUAAAGAGCCACUUACUUCAGGUCACAGCAGGCGACAUCGCAAUGGACUUCUUCAGCCGGCCCAAGUUCUGUAGGGGUCACUGAACAGCAAAGUGAACGCCCAAGUCGAGGCACUGAUACUCCGAUGAUGGAUCACUGGUGCUAAAGUAAUUCAAUAUGACACAGUAUGACAUUGUGGGGCAGCCUUGGGGCUAAUGGUUAGGGAUGUGGUCUUUGGAUUGGAGAGUGGUAGAUUCGAAUGCCACCCUUACUAGUUAAGGAAGAACAUGUGCCCCUACACAGUUAUGGCUGAAGUGCCCUUGAGCACCCAUAGCCCCCAUAUUAUACAGACGAUACAUGGAACAAACAGAACCAACGUUUAGAGAACUGGGUUUGUUCUUGGGACCUGUUUGCUGGUCAAGUUAACAAAAUAGGCCUACUGUAGGCCUACUGACAUUUCCUUCUGAAUACAGCACUGAGGAUGAAAUUAACAUAAUGACCUACAACUACUACUGCAUCUUGGAAUACAGUGCAUAUGGAAUGUUUGCCUUAAUAUUCAUUUGUAAAUACAUAGCCUAGGCCUACUGUAUGUUAACGUGGGCUGUUGUCCAAAUUGUCUGAAAAUUUAACUGUUGCAAGUGUAUUUUCUGUAUGCUGCCUUUUAAUUUUUGUUUUCAGGAGAGGUUGAGGCGAAGCUAGAAUGUAGGCUAGAAGCUAGAAUACAUAAGGAAUGUCCUUCUAGCGGUCUAAAUGCGUAAUAUACAGCAACCGCUCAUCGCAAAGGCCUGUAUUCCCAGAACGAUGAAGUGACGUUUGCCCUCAAGAAAUCCACUAAUGCCAUGGGUUCAUACCUUAUAUUUACACUAGGGGUCGCCUGAACACCGACUAUAUCAAAGUUAUUCCUAACGGAUGUCAGACAAUAAUUGGCAUAUUAAACAGCUUGUGUCCAUAUGGAAAACGCGUACUGAAUCCAGCUUUUGGAUUAUAUUUUCUCACCCACAUUGCAAAUGAGUCCCCCGUGUUAGAAAGGCGACACGGUUAAUGCCGUGCUUUGGCGGCGCAGUGGAAAAUGGAAUCUCCGUCUCUUCAGUGAUUUUACGCAGUGAUUUUUAACCCCUCCCCUCAUUCCCAUUAUUAGCCAUAUCACAUUUUCCACCAUCUGACUCUACUAGAAAGUUAAUCAGGCUUUUGUUUACAAAGCAGGAUUAAAGCAAUGAAAACACCAGCAACUAUGUCGCGUUCGCAUACAGAAAGGUUUCGAACUGUUCGUUUUGGAUGAACUGUGAAACGAUGGAUUUUAUUUAUGUCUUAUGGAUAAUUUAUUCCCAAACCAAUUAAUCCUCCAUGAAAUGUAUAAACUAUAUUAUUAAAACACACGACGACAUUUCAGUAAUACUGAAGCCAUAACUGUGUACGGUCCAACCCCAAAGGCCGCUUAAAAUUUGUGCUUAGAGGAGGGGGAACGAGGAGGGAACAACCACACAGAGGGGAAAAGAAGGAGGAGAAUUGGAGACACGAAAGAGAGGAAAUCGUGUUCCUUACUAGCCGACACACGCUGCCAGAACACAUCGAACAGAUUGGGGAGAAAGGAGGAGAUAAGAAAGGAGAAGAGAAAUACUAACGGGGAUUUACACAGGUUGUGAUUCAGAAAUUGGUUAUCGCGAAGAAGGGACUAACUUACGUUGUUUUGUAUAUCCACUGCAUUUAACGCCUAUCGUUAGCCAUUUUCUUCAGGACAAGGUAUUGUAAUAUAACCCUUGUGAGGUAGCGGAAUGUGUACGCUAGCUCUAGCUAAUUAGCUAGCUUACAAUUCGGGACUUUGCAAAUUAUGUGGCUUUGUUAAGUGCUCAGAACACACCGUUAUACGCGCUUACGUUUUUUUGUUUAAUAGCAUGUGUGGUAGCGCACCUAUCGCCAGCUGUUGGUGGUGAGGUUUUCAUCCAGACCAUGGUGCUCUUCCAUGAUUAGACAAUAACACUAGCUUAGCUAGCAUUAAGAAUUAUUUUAUAUGUCCAAGAUUUAACAUUGCCCAAUGGAUAGCUAGCUAAGCCAAAAGUAAGGUCAUCCAUUCAAUAUAUCUACGCAUACACUACAUGUUUGGCUGGCAAAUGCAGCAACGCUCAAAUUAGCCAUUGACAUUACGUUCAGAUUUCUUUUACAACGCCUUCAGACAAUUGCUGCAUUCCCAGCACGUUGUUUUUAUUACGAGUCCCACCUUGAUUACGCUAAGGCCUAGCUGAAUAUAUUGCUAAUUUAUUAGGCCUACCAACAAUCUGUGUUACUGGCCGUGUAAACACAGUGUUUUUCUAUUGUUUUUACAGGCUGGCCUAUCAUUUUCUUCGUUUUUUUCUCUGCCUUGGCAUUGCCAGGGGAGCGGAUCAUGUUAUGGCUGUAAUUUAAAAUGUGCAAUAACACGCCAUUGUUAUUUAAUUACCUUUAGUGGAAAUAGUCAGCUUACUGUGAACACAGCUGUGCACAUUUCGGUAACAGUAAUUUACCCAGAGUCGGUGUAAAACAGAGUUUUGAUCUUCAAAGGAAGCCGGCUAAGGUUACUUACAUUGUAGGCAUAGCCAGACCCUAUCCUAGAACGGUACAUCCAAGGGGAAGGAGGCAAGGGUAUAAAUAGAAAGCUAACGGAGACAGAACUAUUCAAUGUUAAUGUCGACUGACGUCGCAUCAAUAAUGUUACCCGUUAAUCGGGGAAUGAUGGACCGAGAGAGGGACAUGGACUCGGCGGCAGGAGCACUUGCAAACUCUGCUGGAGCUUCAGCUGCGGUCCGAGGAAUGAAACGUGGAGACCCGGAGCCUGACGCACAGACGGCUGCAGCGUUAACCGAACUGGCCGGAGCAGAGUGCAAGCGGCCACGCAUAGAUGGGACCGGAGUUGUCGCCGACAUUGGACAGGGAGCUCAAGAGUCAUCAGGAGGCCAGGAGGGUCUGGUGCCCCCGCCCUUCAACGCCUUCCCCCCGCCGCCCCCUCCUCAGAAUGGCCUGGCCAGCGAGUUUGGGGGAGCCCUGUACGCCGCGGGUCCCCAGGGGCCCGCCGAGGCCGGAGCCGGAACCAACGGCCCCACACCAGCACCUAGCAGCGUCAGCACUCCGCAGACAGAGGUCCCUUCUCAGGUGGAGGUGGGCCCAUGCGUGACGGCGAGUGGCGCGGGCGUGUCGGCUAGCGUGUCCGUGUGUGACUCAUCAGAGGCCAAGGGAACCCCAAAGCGCCUCCACGUCUCCAACAUCCCCUUCCGCUUCCGCGACCCCGACCUCAGGCAGAUGUUCGGGCAAUUUGGGAAGAUUCUUGACGUUGAGAUCAUUUUCAAUGAGCGAGGUUCUAAGGGUUUUGGUUUUGUGACGUUCGAGACGAGUGCUGAUGCAGAGAAGGCCCGUGAAAAGCUUCAUGGCACGCUAGUGGAAGGCCGAAAGAUUGAGGUCAACAAUGCCACGGCCCGGGUGAUGACCAACAAAAAGGUUGUCACCCCCUACCCCAACGGAGAGGCCCUCGCCACACUGCCCUAUGCCGCUGCGGGCUGGAAGCUGAGCCCAAUGGUGCAGGGCAUUUAUGGACCAGAGCUCUAUGCAGCUGUUCCAGGGUUCCCGUACCCGUCUGCGGCGGCUGCUGCCACUACGGCUGCUGCAGCGUUCAGGGGAGCUCACCUGAGGGGGCGGGGCCGGCCGGUCUACAGCGCCGUGAGGGCCGCCGUGCCCCAGCCUGCCAUCCCCACGUACCCCGGUGUGGUGUAUCAGGAUGGUUUUUAUGGAGCCGCCGCUGACUUAUACGGAGGCUAUGCUGCCUAUCGCUACGCUCAGCCUGCUGCUGUAACCGGGGCGACCGCCGCAGCCGCUGCAGCUGCCUACAGUGACAGUUAUGGCCGGGUGUACACCACAGCAGAUCCCUACCACGCCCUGGCCCCCGCUGCUGCCGCCUAUGGAGUUGGUGCCAUGGCUAGUUUAUAUCGGGGCGGAUACAGCAGGUUUGCUCCCUACUAAACGCCACGCCACCCUCCUUGCUCCCCACGGAUUGAUUUCCCCUCCUCCUUCUCUCUCUCCCUCCAUCCACUCCUCCCUCCUUCAGAGAACCCCCCCAACUCUCCUCCUCUUCUUGCUUCCCUCCUGUGCUCGGGACCCCCCUGGUACAGAAGCCACACACACACACCCACACACACUUGCACACACACACACACACACCCACACACACACACCCACACCCACACACACACACUCCCACAGUUAGUCUGUCACAAAACAGGAGGUGACAAGGACCAGUGAUGGACAGUGGCAGCAACGUUUUGCAAAAGACUGCAGGACACCAACAGAGAAGACGGACGGCCACAACAUGACCGUUCAGAGAAGGAGGACAGAGAAAUCGCUGCUCGAUUAUUAUUCUCUCUUUUUUGUACACACUACAGCUUUGCAAUCACUAUUUUGUGUUCGAAAUGAGUCAUUUUACAGAACCUUUGUAUUACCGCUGACACUAGUAUUAUGUUUAGUGAAUCAUUGUGAACAUUGUCUUUUUUAUUACUUUCAUGACCACCCCAGUCACACGUGUACACACACACACACACACACACACACACACACACACACACACACACACACACACACACACACACACACACACACACACCACAUCUCCAUGCACAGUUUGGCUUUUCAAGCAUGUACUAUCAACUUUCAUUUUGACAAACCAUGAAUACUACAACGCCAGGGGACUCCCUUCGUCUUUCCGAUACAUUUCAAAAGGGCACAACCAUUAUGUUUGGGAGCAGAGUUCUCGAGGACUGACUUCUCGUAGCGUUUGAAAAAAAAAGGAAAAAAACAAGAGCAGCAGAAAAUUUCCAGCAUAUAAACUGACUCAUCUUUUACAUCAUAAGGAUCAUGGGCGAAACCAAAUUCUUCAUUAUUUUACAAUCAACUCUACCGCAGCGAGGAAAGAACUCUUUGAGACUGACAAGGAAAAGAAAACAAAACCUCUUGUUUUUGUUCUGCAUUACCUCAUGUUUUUUUUUUUCUUUGAUUCUAGAAAAUGUUUAUUAAUAAUGAUGACUGAUUUACAGUUAAAGAAGUCAUGCAAGGGGACAACAAUUAAGUAACUUUUAAAUGAGCAACAGUCAUUAUUAUUAUUAGACACAUUUUCUGGUCUUGACUUUCAGGUCUACUAGUAUUAUAUAACUAUUAUAAAAUUGUCACUUCUUUUUCAAUAUUUUUAGUCUCGCAAGCAUUUCAAUCUGUAUCAUGUAUCCACAUUAUCUUGUCUAUCUAAAAUGUCUGCAUCUUUUUGGCUGAGAAGGACUCACAGAGCAAAAAAAGGAGAUACGAUCGAUUCUUUCUUCAGGAGCAAACCAUGAGCAGCUCUGAGACCCCUAUGUGUGAGAGAAAGAGAGAGAGAGAGAGAGAGUUUGUGUGUGUAAAAGAGACUGCACAGCAUUCCCUUAAGCGCACCAACCUCUUCAAACGUCACGUCUGGAGUGACCUGUUAGACCGUCUUUUUAGAGCCCAUCCACCGCUAGAGCCCAUCCAAGUACACUAAACUAGGAGCCGGACAAGUUUCACAGACCAGAUGGGAAUUCUCAGGGCUUCAGGACAGGGACACCAGCCGAGCUGAGGGGGGGCGGGAGACCUUUAGUGUGCCCCCCGACACUUCAAAAAAAAAAAAAAGCCAGUGGUGCUCCUACCAAUUUAAAAAAAAAAUCAUUGUAGGAUAUUUUAUUUUUUCUGUUAUUUUUUUUCUGUUCUCGACUUUUUAAUUCCAAUCCAUCAGCUCGUGCAGAUGGCCUCCCCCUUUUUUGCGGAGGGGGGUUACGAGGGACAGUGCAAGUCACGUACACCUAUGCUUCCUUUUUCUCUGUGUGUCGGGUCUGUUUGGGAAUGUUGUAGUCCAGUCCAGUAUGUACCAGAGCUUACUGCCUCAGUGCUCCCCUUAAAGCAGGAUGGGACAAACCUGUAUAAACCUUGUCUCCCUCUCCUGUGCUGUAUAGCCCAUAUACUCAGACUAUGUUAUUAUUGUUGCUACAAUUAUUGUUAUUAUAUUAUUGCUAUUGUUUUUUUCUUUUGGUUCCAAAGAUUCUCUAAAAAAAAAGCACAUUUUCUUUGGUCAACUGUAUACACGUAUGAUUAUCCUUUUAAUGGUUGAUGUUGCUGUUAUUUUAGCUUUUUUAAAAACGAGAAAUCAUGUCUUUGCAUGUCUGUUUAAAAAUGACAUUGUUGCAUCAGAAGUGCUUCAGAAGCACCUUGCCUUGGAGGGAGACACCCGACAGCUUCACAAGGAAGAAGUGAACGGGAGAGGAGAGGGAAAGAGAAGAGCGUGAAAUGUGGAUUGGGUAGACAGAACGCUAAUUUAUUUAGAGGUUUUUUUAAUCAUUCGUAGCAACCACUCCCUCAAGGGCUGACCGCCUACACUACAGUACAAAAUGUUAACACGAAAGAAGACUUUGAAGAAGCAAAUGAGGUCGUCCGUAUUUUUUUGACAAGCAAAUACCUCUCGCAAACCGUGAUGUGUGGAGACAGCAAGCCAGUGGUGAAGUGGGGGAGGGGAGAGAUUGCAAGCUAUGUGUCUGUCUGUUUGAAGAGGGGGCGGAUGACUGUGGAUGUGUAGACGGCUUCAGUUUUUAACGUCGUGUGAUCUCCCCUCUCCUCAGAGCCACGAAGAUGAUAAAGGCCACCUUGACAGGUCGCAGGAGGACAGUGUGACACUUUUUUUUUUGUAGAGAAACCCCAGCAGUGUAAAUGUCACCGUGGCUGAGAGGAGUAGAUGAGGAGGAAAUGAUUGUGGCCGAAGGUGGUUGAGAGGUUGAAGUGUAGUGGAGAUAGAUGAACACUCACAGAGGCGUGCUCUUGGGACAAUAACCCAGGCUGUGGCAGGAGCUUAUUGGCCCAUUCAGUUGGACGUUGGAUUUUGUCAGCGGGGUUCUGAACGCUAAGAGGAAACAAAUCUGUUGAAGCCUAGGAGGACCUAUUGGAGGACUUGAGGUGUUUAUAGGCAGCUUGAGCUGAGUUUCGUUUUGUCCUGUUAAACCCACUCAGACUCUAUAUAAGUAUUAAAACGGCACCAGUGUAGUUUUUUGAGAGGGAGGCGGACAGAAUCGGCAAGCAGUUUCACUUGGUUGUUCUCCUUUGUUUGGUCUUGGCAAGAGGUUGAACCAAAAAAUAAUAAUUCUAAUUUUCAAGUAAUAAACUUUUUGCUCAAGCCAAACCUGUAUAUUUGACAUUAGAUUAAAGGGAGGGGGGACGACCUUUUUUAACUAGUAACUGUCAGCUGUGUUGCUCUGAGGUCUACAUAAUACUUCAGUGUUGUAUUGGAAUUGAAUCUGAAUGCUGUUUUUAAUUUUUUCUUAUUUUUUAAGUGUUUGCAAAAUGCUGGGUCUGGGAUGUUCAUUUCAAUAGAAAUAUAAUCCUCCCAACGGCCUUCUCGUGUCUGUCCGAUUCACUUGGCCUCCACAGGCAGAUGAUGGCACCAAAUUGCGCAGGUCAAAGCCCGGCCGCCUGCCACGCAGUGCUGCUUGGUGCUGGUGGGCUGUGAUGUCUGAGGGCCACAUCAGAUCAGAUUGUCUAUGCUGUGAUGUAUGUCUCCCUCCCUCACCCUCUCCCCAACCCCUGGCCCCCAGGUCCAAGCCUUUCUGUAGCUGACUAUGACUCUAUGCCCCCUGAACCUACACCCAGCCACCCGCCCACUCCUCUAUCACUCUGAGUUGGCUCCCAGACUCUGCAGCCUGCUGGCUGGAUGACUGUGUUACCACCUCUGGCCAGCACCAGUUCUCCAACGGAU